AUGGCCCGCUGGAGUCUGUCGGCUCGUCUGGAUCAGUCUGUGUCUUCACUGAAACACCUGCUGCAGGUCAUAGUCACUCGCUCGGGCAGAGCACCUGCAAUCGAACUGCAAGACUCCACUGUACGGCCAUUCAAUGAGAUCCCUGGACAAUGGAGGAACAGCCUGAAAAGUGUCUUUACCUUCGCCAAAAUGGGUGGCCUCAGGAAUAUCCACCGGAUUAUGGUGCACAAUUUUAAUAUAUUUGGUCCGAUUUACAGGGAAAAAGUUGGAUUCUAUGAAAGUGUGAACAUCAUCAAGCCUGAAGACGCUGCUAUCCUGUUCAAAGCCGAAGGUCAUUAUCCAAAGAGACUCACCAUAGAGGCAUGGACCGCCUACAGGGACUACAGGAACCGAAAAUAUGGCGUCCUGCUGAAAGAUGGAGAGGACUGGAAGUCUAAUAGGAUCAUCCUAAACAAGGAGGUGAUUUCCCCGAAGGUGCAGGGGAACUUUGUGCCCCUCCUGGAUGAGGUUGGGCAGGACUUUGUGGCUCGUGUCAACAGAAAGAUUGAGAGGAGUGGACAAAAUCAGUGGACCACAGAUCUGUCCCAUGAACUCUUCAAGUUUGCACUGGAAUCGGUAAGUGCUGUGUUGUAUGGCGAGCGUUUGGGUCUGCUGUUGGACUACAUUGAUCCAGACUCUCAGCGCUUCAUUGACUGCAUCACCCUCAUGUUCAAGACCACCUCACCCAUGCUGUACUUACCCCCACGCCUGCUUCAGCCUAUAAGGUCUAAAAUCUGGAGGAACCACGUUGAAGCCUGGGAUGGUAUCUUUAACCAGGCUGACCGAUGUAUCCAGAAUAUCUACAGACAGUUGCGGAAAAAUCCAGAAGGCAAUGGGAAAUAUCCUGGUGUGCUGGCAAGCCUUCUGAUGCUGGACAAACUGUCCAUCGAGGACAUAAAAGCCAGUGUCACUGAGCUGAUGGCUGGAGGGGUGGACACGACGGCUAUCACACUGCUGUGGACACUCUAUGAACUGGCUCGACACCCAGACCUACAGGAGGAGAUCCGAGCUGAAAUCUCAGCUGCUCGCAUUGCUUCUAAAGGAGACAUGGUACAGAUGCUCAAGAUUAUUCCUCUGGUUAAAGGAGCCCUGAAGGAAACUCUCAGAUUACAUCCUGUUGCAGUGAGUCUACAAAGAUAUAUCACUGAAGACAUUGUCAUACAAAAUUACCACAUUCCAGCUGGGACUUUAGUUCAGCUGGGUCUCUAUGCUAUGGGCCGUGAUCAUCAGGUCUUCCCAAAUCCAGAGCAGUACCUCCCCUCUCGCUGGGUCAAAUCUCAGAGCCAUUACUUCAGAAGCCUAAGUUUCGGCUUCGGCCCACGCCAGUGUUUGGGCCGCAGGAUUGCAGAGACCGAAAUGCAGCUCUUCCUUAUUCAUAUGCUAGAGAAUUUCAGGUUUGAAAAACAGAGGCAGAUGGAGGUCAAGAGCAUGUUUGAGCUCAUCUUACUGCCAGAGAAGCCCAUCAUGCUAACCAUCAAGCCACUGAUCGCCAACAGAUAGCAGAGAUGCGAACAGAAAAUUAUGUCAAAUAUGGAUGUGGAUGGAACAUUCAGCUUUGAGGAAGUCAAAUAUAAUUUUUUGACAGUAACACCGGUCCAAAAAAAGUUUAUGCUUGAAUUUGAGAGAUCUGAAUUUAUCUUUCUCAGGUUUUAAA